UUGGGCAGGGCCCUGGACUGGACUAUGUCAGAAACCUCCGAGUUGUCGGACAGGAGAGGAGAGGCUCCGCGAAGAGUCUCUCCAACCUAUCGACAUAACAAAGGCAAGGCAGCUGCUGGCUCCAGUGGAUUAGAUUCCGAGGUUAACCCGAGGAAGAGGAAGGACUCGGACUCUGAGGCGGAAUUAACGUCGGAUUUCCUGAACACGGUCUCGCCGAAAGUCCUUAGAAGUAUGACCGGCAGAGGGACCUACCAUAAUACUGCUUCGUCCCAAGCCAGACGUGAGAGGAGGGAAGCGGCGAUAUUGGACACCGACUCCGAAGCAACCGCUACCGAAAUGGAGAAAGACCAGACGCGUUCCCCCAGAAGGGUGCAGGGUAGGAGGUCACCAGACACCUCAAUGGCGGACCUAGUUAGUAAGACGAAGAUGAGUUCCGAUAAGAUUUUAAUGCUGGUGUCUAGUUCCAAAAAUCUUAAAGGAACCAUCAAGAAGGAAAUAAAGGAAGAGUCAAUGGCAAUAUACCAGCUGGUUAAAUCCAUUGCUGAAAGGUCCACGAGCGAGGAACUCAAGAGGGUGCAAGCAGACAAUAAGCGGCUAAAGGGCCAGCUGUCCGCAUUAGAGCGCGAGGUGGUCGCGCUUAGGCAAGCAUUUGCCGAGCGCGGCAACCAAAGGGAAAAUCCUUCGAGUGAGGUGGAAGGCACAGUAGAGGAGAUGCAGGCCAGCAACCCUGGUGAAGGCGUCACUAGGACGGAGCUGAGAAAAAUUAUGGAGCGUUUUCAGCGAGAGCUGAGUGAGCAGUUCGGACGCAUUCUGGGCGCCCGCUUGGAAGGGCUCGAGGUAGAUGGUCGACUCCUUCCAGGCGUCUCGCAUCGUCCAGCGUUGGCAUCUGACACCGGAAGAAGGAACCACAAGCCAGUCGAUGCGCCCACCACUCUUGUCCCACCGGCGAACAUGCCAAAGGAGGCGAGAGCCAAAAAGGGGGCAAAAACAAAGGCUGUGGAAACGACCUCAAGGCGAGCUGCAGAGCAGAUAGCUGGUCCCUCCUAUCAGGAGCCACAAGUGGUGCUGGAAGGAUGGACUACAGUUGUGAAGCGGGCAAAGCCCAAGAAGUCCGCACCAGCUCCCGCUACCGCCAAGGCUUCAAAGAAGAAGCCUUCCCUGCCGAAACAGCCAAAAUCCUUAGCGGUAGUCGUGGCCCUAAAACCAGAGGCCGUGGCUGAGGGCAUUACGUACAAGGAUGCCAUCGCUAAGGCCAAACAGUCGGUCAGCCUGCAAGAGCUGGGAAUUAGCUCAACUAAAUUUCGGACGGGGAUGACGGGGGCUCGAAUUAUUGAGCUCCCUAAGGAGGUCACUGCCGCCCAGGCGGACAGCCUUGCGUCCAAGAUUGGACAAGCGCUAGGGGAUGCCGCCAAGGUGACACGCCCCAAGAAGAUGGCAAACAUCAGAAUUUCUGGCCUGGACGACUCGGUGACUCCGGAGGAAAUCUGCCUGGCGCUGGCGGAAAAUACUGGUGUCUCCCCGGACGACUUUAAGGUCGGGCUAAUUACCCACGGGUACACUGGGGUAGGCUCUACCAUAACUGCCUGCCCCAUUGAAACCAUUGCCAAGCUGGCGGAAGUAGGUCGGCUAUGUGUGGGCUGGAGCGCUGCUACCAUCAGGGUUCUAGAGCAGCGCCCAAUGCGAUGUCAUCGGUGUUACGACAUAGGACACCCACAGCAGUUAUGCCCCUCUAACAAGGAUCGCAGUGGAUUAUGUUUCCGCUGCGGAGAAGAGGGGCAUAUAUCUAAGGAUUGCACAGCCCCACUAUGCUGCGCAGUGUGCAAGGACCGAGGAUUGACAUCGGGUCACCGCAUGGGCGGAGUCCAUUGCAACCCUCCUCCAGUAAAGGGCCGCCCACUACCAUGGCGCACAGCCCUUAGUUCUUCGGCCACGUCGGCCGCCCCUGUAGAAAUACCUAUGGAAACCAACAAUGCCAGUUAG